UUCAUUUAUACGUAAUUGCACUAUAUUGUGGUAUGAGGUUGGAGGCAGCUUGUCGCAUCGUUUGACAUAUUGUCCUUCCCUGUCUCAUUGUGGUCGAUCUUGAUGGCAGCCAUUUUGUUCAUGUAUCUUUCUCUUGCACAUUUGUGUCCAGAUAUUUUCUUCUUGUUAGUCUCGAAGCCAUGAGUCUGCUAUUUAUUGUGUUUGCCUACUAAGAUGGCGCAGAUCACUUCCAGUUCAGACUGGUUGGAGCUAUGUAUUAUUAAAAUAACAGCUGUUUUGUGUUUCUUUUCUUUUUGUCCUGACAGAUCUCCACUGAUGGUGCCAGGAUGGAGAAAUCUCUCUUGGACUUUUUCCUUUCUGAAAAGCAGAAGACGUUUAAUCUGUAAAAGUUCAAACUUUAACACUUCAGCUCUGUUUCCCUCAGCUUCAUCCGAUACUCGGAGCAGACUGACCUCAGGUCUUCUUCUGCGUUCCUCGGUUCAUUCUCCCUCCUCCCGCCGCCUCUCGGUUUCUGCCGGCCCAAUGGAACUGAAGGAGGUUCUGCAGGUUCUGGAGCAGCUCGCUCCUCUGUCUCUGGCCGAAUCGUGGGAUAAUGUCGGCCUGCUGGUGGAGCCCAGCAAACCUCGGCCAAUCAAAACCGUCCUGCUGACCAACGACCUGACGGACGCCGUCAUGGAGGAGGCGGAGGUUUUGAGCUGUGACCUCAUCGUCUCGUACCACCCGCCGUUGUUUCGGCCAAUCAAGCGGCUGGCUCAGAAAGACUGGAAGCAGCGGUUGGCCAUCCGGGCCGUUGAGGCUGGGAUGGCGGUCUUCUCCCCGCAUACGUCCUGGGACAGCAUGAAGGGAGGGGUGAACGACUGGCUGGUUGGUGGACUGGGCAGCGGUCAGGUGUCUGUGCUCAGUCAGGCCCACGGCGGCGCCUCCCACAGUCACAAACUGGAAUUCAUGGUGAGGAGUCCAGAGGAGCUGAACGCUGUUGUGGAGGAGCUGAAGGCCAGUGAUGAUGGAACAGCGCUGCAGUGUUCGGGCAGCAGGCCAGACAGCAGCGGCAUCCAUGUCAGCUUAACCUGCAGUGCCUCAGCACUGACCCCUAGUGUCCAGAUACUGUUAAAGCACAGCGCUCCCUGCCAGUCCCUCAGCAUCCUCAAGUUGGAGAAGGCUCCUCUCCCGGGCCACGGCCAAGGACGGCUCAGUGUUUUGGACCAGCCGGUCACCGUGGCAACAGCUAUCCAGAAGAUGAAAUCCCAUUUGGGAUUAGCUAAUCUCCGUUUGGCUCUGGGAGCAGGCAGGACACUAGAGUCCUCAGUCUGCACUGCUGCGGUUUGUGCCGGCUCUGGAGCCUCGGUGCUGAGCAGCGUCCAGGCCGACCUCUUCAUCACCGGUGAGAUGUCCCAUCAUGAGGUUUUGGAUGCGGUGGCGAAGGGAACCAGUGUCAUCCUGAGCGACCACAGCAACAGCGAGCGCGGUUUCCUGGCCGUGUUCAGGGAGAGGCUCGCCGUGCGGCUGCCUGACGCCGUGACGGUGGUGCUGUCCAAGGCUGACAGAGACCCGCUGGAGGUUGUCUGAAGGACUCUGAGUUACAAAUAAAUCAUAAAACACAGGAAAGUUGUCUGCUGAACUUAAAAAGGCUGCUUUUCUUUUGUAAGAGCAGGCUGUGAUGGAAAGUACAUUAUUUUAUUAUUUUGAUUAAAGUAGCUUUUAUGCAUGUUUG